UCGAAACUCGAACCGCCAUUUUGAAUGCGAGUUGUGAAACACGAAGUGUGGAUGUUUAUGGAGUGAUUUACAUUGUCGAACGUAAUUGCAUGUAACUUUCGUGACAGCGGAUGCAGGCAUUGGCAGAUACUUGAUAAAGCUGUUAACAAUUACUUGGUGGCACGUAAUUGCGUGCCACCUUCCUACUUUGGAGGUCGUUCGGACUUCGUGAUUUUAAGUCUUUAUUGCAGGUGACGUAUCUUAGAUAAUCGGUAGACGAAACUUUGGAAACAUGUCAGCUCGAGGAAAAAAAAAUAAGGGCAAGAUCGUGGAAAGGAGGAAACGUCACGUUGUGGGCAAAGAGGGAAGGUUUCUUCAGGAAAGGGACAAGUCGGAUAAAGAGGAUGAAUCGGAACCUGAGCAGGAACGACUGGUUGCAUUUCCAGUGGCUAUGUGGGAUUUGGAGCAUUGCGAUCCAAAGAAAUGCUCCGGUCGGAAACUUGCUCGCCAUGGACUUAUAAAAACAUUAAGGUUAGGAGUCAGAUUUCCAGGAUUAGUAUUAACUCCAAUGGGUACAAAGUGUGUAAACCCAUCGGAUCAGGAUAUCAUACGAGACCAUGGUUGUGCCGUCGUCGAUUGUAGUUGGGCCAGGCUCGACGACACUCCAUUUGGAAAAAUGCGAACACCUAACCCUCGCCUUUUACCUUUCCUGGUCGCAGCCAAUCCCGUUAAUUAUGGAAAACCUUGCGAAUUGAGUUGCGUCGAGGCAAUAGCAGCUACUCUUUUAAUAACUGGCUUCACAGAAGAAGCCAAUCUUUAUUUAGGAAAGUUUUCUUGGGGUGGUGCAUUUAUAAAAUUAAAUGCCGAACUCCUGGAAGGUUACGUUGCAUGCACGAAUGCUGAAGAAGUCAUCGCGGUUCAGGAGAAAUUCCUUGCCAACGCGAGGCAAGAAAGGAUAGACAGGCAUUCAAUACCAGACUUUCCAUCAUCUGAGAGCGAAUCCGAAGACAAGUCGGAGGAAAGGACCCCAUCGGUUCCCGUCGUAAAUACACCUGUAACCGAACAACCGGACAGCAAUAAUCAAGAUUAAAACAAAAUCAUUGGUUACUGUAAAUUUCAAGCACAUUUGUACAUAAUACAAGAUAAUUUUCCUAA